ACUUCACCAGCCAAGGUUGACUCAACAGCACAUCAUGAAGAACCGAAUCCCCUCCCUAAGGCCUCUCUGCCAUCCGCGAGUGCAAGUCCUCCCCCUCCGUCGCAACCAUUCAACAAGCAAACCUCCGAAUGCGCAACCGCAACCGCGGCCGCAGCCCAAUAACAAACUACAAUUCAAAGACAUCCCUGCCACAGCAGUGAACUACUACUGGGACACGCAAGCGCCGGAUGAAAGCCAGCUAGCCUACGCGGACAAAGUCUUCGCACCGUCGCGCCACUCUCCAGUCAAGCUCUGGACCCUGAGCAAGUUCCGCACGACGCCGCUCUCCUCGACGACCCCGGAAGUAGCGUUCCUAGGUCGGUCGAAUGUUGGCAAAAGCUCCUUGUUGAAUGCCCUCAUGGGGCAGGAGAUAUGCUGGACGUCGUCGAAACCAGGGCGCACGCAGACGAUGAACGCAUUCGGAAUUGGAGGGACAAAGGGCGGCGAGUCGAAGGUCGUAUUGCUUGAUAUGCCGGGGUACGGCAAGGGAAGUCGAUCGGAAUGGGGGGCUGAGAUUAUGAAGUACUUAAAGAAUAGGAAGCAACUCCGCCGCACCUUCAUCCUAAUCGACGGCCAGCACGGCAUCAAGCACUCCGACGAAGGCAUCCUCGAACUAUUCCGCCACUACGCCAUCCCACACCAGAUUAUCGUCUCGAAAGUGGAUAACAUCAUGGCGGCGAGAACGAGCCAGCUCGCGACUGGAGUAACGGAGGAACGUCUGCUCCAGACGCAGAAGAAGAUACAGGAGCUGCGUCCUAUCAUCCAGCCUGUUGGUCGGGAUGAAGGUCCUGGUGCUCUGGGCGAGAUAUUGACAUGCAGUUCGAAAGUUCUCAGAACUCCUGGGAAUUAUUUGGGAAUUAGUCCCAUUCGGUGGGCUAUCUUGUCUGCUGCUGGCUAUGAUGGGACGAUGGAGGUGAAGUCUAGUCACGGCCAACCUGAUUUGACGGGGGUGAGUAUGUCCUCUGGGGCUGGUCCUUGAGGAGCUCAGUGCCUCUUUGUCUGUCUGAAAUGAUAGCGGGGUGCUCUCCAGUUUUCUGAGAGCUAUACAGAUGCUCUAGCUCUGUGAGGGGCCGUGAGAAGAGACUGGCUCUCU